CCGUUGUACGCUUUGGAUAGAUAAAUAAUUUAUAUUGAAGGGUUAUUUAUUUUUUAUCUUUUGUAUGCAACCACAAAAAAAAAAAAAUAAUAAUAAUAAUAAAUAAAUGUAGAGACUGUAGAGUAAUACAUUGGAGAUUGGAGAUGGAAAAUGUUAGUACUGCUGUGGAAUGGCUUGUUUUGGACAACAAAGAUAAAAAAUCUUUGCCUUUAUAACACUCUCACUGAUAAAAUUAUAUACGCAGAGGCUUAAGGAAAUUUUGCAUUUUGGGUUUCAGGGUUCUCUUUCUUGUUUGAUCAGAUCUUGGGUUACUGCAGAUAUGUUGAAGAUCGUUUUGCUGUUGAUGUUGUUUCACUUUUUCUUUUUCUCUUCUUUAGGUCUUACUGGUACUGGUCAAGAAUCCAUUAACCUCCUAAGCGUCCAUGAUACAACUUCGGAGGUCCUUCAAGCGUCUUCUCACUCUGGUCGUCCUAUAGCUGUUUCCGUGAGUGCUGAAGACCUCAAUGAUGUCUCAAACAGUGUUCUAAUGGCUGAAACUUGGCUCAGGACCCACAUUCUGUCUCACUACCCUGCGGCCCAAAUCACCACCAUUGUUGUUGGAAACACUGUUCUCUGCCAAAAAGAUCAAAAGCGAAAUCUGGGUCUGGUUUUGCCGUCCUUGAAGAACAUUCAUCACUCUCUUGCAAGGUGGGCUUUGGAGAAAGAUAUCAAAGUCUCAGCUGCCUUCUCUUCCGGUUGUUUAGACCCAUACUCUGCUUCAUACAGAGGGGAUAUUGCUGAGAAAUUCAUCAGGCCUCUGCUAGAUUUUCUCCAGGGUAUAAACUCUUCGUACUCUGUGAAUCCGCCCCCAAAUUUCACUCCUUUACCAGAAGAGGCUAUGAACUUGGUUUCUUCUCACAUGGAGUGCAUGAAAAAUCUUGGAAUUUUUCAGCUCAAUAACAAGAUCAAUGUGUUAUUAACCAGCCCAAAAGAGAGAAAACACAUGACCAGGAAGCUCUCAUCUUUGAAUCCCAACUCGGUAUUAGACCCAUUCCCAGCCAGACCCACCCCAUUACCAAAAACCGCAGACCCACCGCUCCAUUCCUCUAUUGGCUACUCCAUUCCUGCCAAUGUAGCGAAACACCCCCAUCCACCAGUAUCUCAAACAGCCUCUCCACCCCAAGCUUUUCAAUCUCCACCACUAGCACAAAUAGUUUCUCAACCGCCAUUGUCUUUCCCUUUUGCCCCAGAAAGACCUUUUGAUCCAGCAACUCCUCCCCCUUUCAGUUUCUCAUUGCCUCCUUGUAGUCCAAGUUACCCAGUUGCUCCAGCUCCUGAAAUAGGAGGGGUGGUACAGAAGCUUUGGUGUGUGGCUAAGCCUAAUGUUCCUGCAGACACACUGCAGGAGGCAAUGGACUAUGCUUGUGGACCAGGUGGUGCUGAUUGUGAUGAGAUUAUGCCUCAUGGGAAUUGCUACUCCCCUGAUACUGUUGUGGCCCAUGCUUCUUAUGCUUUCAAUAGCUAUUGGCAGAAGACCAAGAGGAAUGGAGGUAGUUGCAGUUUUGGAGGAACUGCUAUGCUAAUUAACAAUGACCCAAGCUUUCUUCACUGUCGUUUUGUUCUCACCUGAAGAGAUAGCUGUGAAAAUGGCAACUGAGGUUAUAGUUUCUUUUGCUACAGUUGAUGUUGGAAUUUGUGAUUCUGAGGUGGAUGACAUGGUUCACUUGUGAAUUUAGUUUCAGUAGUUGGAGAAUUGGUUCAGUUGUGAAUUUAGUUAAUUAGUUGGAGAAUUGCAUGGUUGUAAAUGGAAAAAGACUUAAUACUUGUUUUUGUUUUAGUAAGAGAGGCUACUUUCAUUGAUC